AUGGACGGUCAAUUAGACAUUUUCGGACAACAACCAUUCUUCACGAUAAAUACGCAGAUAUGCUUCGCCUUCACGACAAGCGACACCUCAUCCCACGAAACGAUCGUUGAGACGCUAAACAAUGGGCUCGCAAGAUUAUCUGCGGCCUUCCCGUGGCUAGCAUACGAUGUCGUUAACGAGGGCUCAGGGAACGGUAACACAGGUGUAUACAAGUUCGAGGCGUCAGCAGGCACGCACGCUGUCGUCGUGAAGGAUCUCAGUCGCGAUACCUCAACACCAACAAUGGACAGUUUUGUGCGUGCUGGGUUUCCGAUAUCCAUGCUGGAUGAAGAGAUGGUCGCACCUCGCAAGACCUUCACAGACCAGACCCACUCGAAAUCAGCGCCGGCUUUCCUUAUUCAAGCCACUUUCAUCCCUGGGGGCCUCCUACUGACGUUUCUCGCACAGCAUAAUACCAUGGAUAUGACCGGUCAAGCCCACAUGAUACGCCUCUUUUCCAAGGCUUGCUGCGGCGCCCAGUUCACAAGCGACGAGCUUUUCUAUGGCAAUAUCGAGCGACACAAUAUCGUCCCCUUGCUAGAAGAUUCAUAUAUUCCUGGUCCAGAGCUCGAUCGCCAUAUUGUAAAGUCCAGAACAGAAAGUCCGGCUUCAGAUCAGAUGUCAUCACCACGGCCGAACUACGUGUGGGCUUACUUCGGCUUUUCUUCCAGGUCACUUGCAGCCCUCAAAUCCAUCGCGACGGAGUCUGUGACCGUCCCCGCGUAUAUAUCUACCGAUGAUGCCCUGACUGCCUUAAUCUGGCAAUCUGUUCAACGAGCUCGUCUACCACGUCUUCAGCCCGCUGCUGAAUCAUCGAUAGCUCGUGCCGUUGAUGUACGAUCAGCACUUGAAAUCUCGCCUUUGUACCCGGGGCCGAUACAAGACAGCGCAUACACCACGAUCCCGCUUGGAACAUUGGUUUCAAGGCCCUUGGGUAGUAUCGCUCUGUACCUCCGAUCAGCACUACAUCCUACAUCAGUCGAGUUUCAUGCUCGCGCCGUUGCGACUUUCCUCAGCCGUACAGCAAACAAAGCCAUCUUCUCUUCCACGGCCGAUUUUGACAUGUCGAGAGACUUGAUACUCAGUUCAUGGUCAAAGGUACAGACUUCCGAUUUGGACUUUGGCAUUGGGCUCGGCAGACCCAAAGCCGUUCGGAGGCCGCGUUUCAAGGCAUUAGAAGGGCUGGUUUUCCUCAUGCCGAAGUCGGUGGAAGAGGAUGUGGCGGCCGCGAUAUGCUUGAGGGAAGAAGAUAUGAACCGGCUGAAAACGGACGCUUACUUCGGUAGAUACGCACAGUACAUAGGAUGA